AUGGGCAGCAGCAUGGAGCCCCCCGGGGGCGGGUACCUGCACCUGGGCGCCGUGACGUCCCCGGUGGGCACGGCCCGCGUGCUGCAGCUGGCGUUCGGUUGUGCCACUCUGAGCCUGGUGGCGCACCGCGGCGGCUUCGCGGGCGCCCAGGGCACCUUCUGCAUGAGCGCCUGGGGGCUGUGCUUUGCGCUGUCCGCGUUGGUGCUGGCCUGCGAGUUCACCCGCCUGCACGGCUGCCUGCGCCUGUCCUGGGGCAACUUCACCGCGGCCUUCGCCAUGCUGGCCACUCUGCUGUGUGCCACUGCCGCCGUCCUGUACCCACUCAACUUCACCCGGCUGGAGUGCCCACCUGAGCCCGCCGGCUGCCUGGCCAGGGACUUCCGCCUGGCGGCCAGUGUCUUUGCCAGCCUGCUCUUCCUGGCCUAUGCUGCCGAGGUGGCGCUGACACGGGCCCGGCCUGGCCAGGUGGCCAGCUACAUGGCCACCGUGUCGGGGCUGCUCAAGGUGGUCCAGGCCUUUGUGGCUUGCAUUAUCUUCGGGGCACUGGCGCACGACCGGAGCUACCUGCGCUACGUGGCCACCCAGUGGUGUGUGGCUGUGUACAGCCUGUGCUUCCUGGCCACAGUGGCCGUGGUGGUCCUGAGUGUGACGGGCCACGCCGGGGGCCUGGGCUGCCCCUUCGACCGCCUGGUUGUGGUGUACACCUUCCUGGCCACACUGCUGUACCUCAGCGCCGCCGUCGUCUGGCCCGUCUUCUGCUUCGACCCCAAGUACGGCCAGCCCGCGCGGCCCCAGGGCUGCUCCUGGGGCGCCUGCGCCUGGGACGGCCAGCUGGUGGUGGCCAUCUUCACCUACGUCAACCUGCUGCUCUAUGUCGCCGACCUCGCCUACUCCCAGAGGAUCCGCUUCGUGCCCACGUUAUAG